AUGAAGCUCCCAGAUCUCUCCCAGAACACUGGCGGCCAGAAGCACUAUGAGUUUGCAGUCGGAGCUCUCGCUAUCCUCACGGCAAUUGCCCUCGGCCUCAUCCCCCUCAUGCUGUCUUAUCGGCCCGUCGCAUUCGCUGCACCAUGGGACAUGAUCAUGUUCUUUCUUUAUUCUGCUGCGUUCGGGGCUAUGAGAGACUUCUUCGGUAAUACUGCUAACAUGUACAGUGGCGGUGUAUGGACCUCUGACCCGACACGCAAUGGCAAGGAGUACGGCAAUCACUUGGCGAAUCAUUGGAAGAACAUGCAGAAUAUAUGUUGGGUGGACCUGGCUGGGAUGCUGUUGUUCUUGACAUCUGCGGUGAUGGGCGCAAUGCUUAUUUGGAUGGGCCAUCGCUCGAGCCGUAGAGGUGCGUCUAUUGUAUGA